AUGCUCCACACCUCUCCUCAUCUUCUCAAAACCUACGUGGCCAAUCGUGUAGUUCGCAUAUUAGAGCAUACAUCUCUUCACCAAUGGGCACACACAGUGUCGAAUCAAAAUUCAGCCGACUUUGCGUCUCGAGGAUUAUUUCCCGAAGAGAUCAUGGAUUGUCAUUCCUGGUGGAAUGGACCAGAUUUUAUGCAGAAUCCGCCGUCCAAGUGGCCCGUAAGAGGCGAUAAUUAUGUCGCACCCGAAGAGCUCCCUGAGCGUAAAAACGAUCCUAUAGUUUUGCGCAUCCAAGCCGACCCAGAAAAUCCUCUGUAUGAAGUUGUGUCACGAUUUUCUUCAUUUAGUAGACUACAACGCGCUUUCGCAUUUAUUCGCCGAUGGCUACUCCGAAUAAGAUGUCCCGAGAUGAAGGGUCCACUCUCAAGCGAAGAGAUGCGAUACUCGACCUUAUCGCUUGUGCGUCUCACACAGCAAAACCAUUUUCCUCUGCUUAUAGAAGAGUUGCGUUCCAAAGGUCACACCACAACUCCAUUAAGGAAGCUGUUCCCAUUCUUGGAUGCAAUGGGUAUAGUUAGGGUGGGCGGACGGCUACGACACUCCGCCCUUCCCCUAGAUGCGAAACACCCUCUGCUUUUACCUCAGAAAGCUCAUCUCUCGGCUUUAAUUUGCGACUACUAUCAUCUGUACGCUUGCCACGCUGGACCUAGAAGCGUGCAGACGCUUAUACAGCAGAAGUUCUGGAUAAUAUCGAUUCCAUCCCUCCUACGGCAGCGCAUUUUUCGCUGCAUUCGCUGUUUUAAGUUUAAAUCGAAACCUGUAUUUCCCUUCAUGGCUGAUCUACCACCAGCUCGAGUUCAACCUAGCAAACCGUUUUCCUCUGUUGGCAUUGACUUUGCCGGACCCUUCACGGUCAGGGAAAGUCGUCGACGUAAGGCCCACACAUACAAAGGGUAUCUCUGUUUAUUCAUAUGUAUGUCUACGAAAGCGGUCCAUUUAGAAAUGGUCUCGGAACUCUCCACGAAAGCCUUCUUAGCCUCGCUCAACAGAUUCACCGCACGCCGUGGUCUACCCUCUGACAUAUACUCUGAUUGCGGACGUAACUUUCUCGGCGCCGCUCGCCACCUGAGGGAGGUGAGUCAGUUUCUACGUUCGCACUCCUCUGAGAUAACGAGUUCCUUAACUUCUUUGGAGAUAAAAUGGCAUUUUAACCCUCCAGCCGCCCCCAAUUUUGGCGGCCUAUGGGAGGCUGCGAUCAAAUCCGCAAAGAGUCUCUUGUAUCGAUCAAUCGGCACCUCUCUCUUAACUUUCGAAGAGUACAGCACGCUAUUUUGUAAGAUUGAGGCGGUAUUGAACAGCCGUCCCUUAUGUGCCGUCACCUCUAACCCAGAAGACGCUGUAGAUUACCUAAGCCCUGGACAUUUCUUAGUCGGCAGACCGUUAUUGCAACCUCCUGAAGCUCCCUUGGAGGACAACUUGAAUUGGACCUGUCGGUGGCAACUGCUCUCCCAGCUGUAUCAGCGGUUCUGGAAGAGGUGGUCUACGGAGUAUCUCCAUACUCAACUCCAACGUCAGAAGUGGAAUAAGGAUCAACCAAACAUUCAACCCGGCGCCAUUGUCGCAUUGUAUGGCGCAGAAACUACCCCCCUUUCAUGGCCGUUAGGACGCGUACAAGAGGUACAUCCUGGAACCGAUGGAGUCGUCCGUGUGGCCACAGUGAAAACCUCGACCGGUUUAUAUACGCGUCCGGUAAACAAGCUCGUGAUUCUCCCAACCCAAUUCUCAAUGGAGAAUUGA